AGGCUCCAGAAUCCUCCCUGCCUGGUGCCGAGGGGGUACCCUGGAAGUUACAGGGGAGGGGGUGCUCUGGCUCAGCCUCUGAAUUGGGCCUCUGCUGGGGCUGGGAAUGUGCAAAGUCAUGUGUGAGCUUUGUUCUGGGGGUGCUGAGAACCACUGGAGGAUUUAAGCUUUGCCACUUUAUCUGGGGGGGAAGGAUAAGGGGUGACUCCAUGACCACCAGUGAGGAAGGUGAAGAUGGCCUCUUUGGAGAGGUCAAAGAAGAGGGUCAGGCCCGGGUCAUCUGUGGGGUUAGCCGCGGGGCCUGUGUGGGCCCCUGUUCCUCCUGCCCCCACUGCUGAAUGACUUUGGGUUAGUCCCUGAAAUGAGGGUGGACUGAGGGCCACCCCAGGGCUGUGGCGAGGCCAGAUGGCCCAGCUCGAUCAGCACCAUCGUGCCUGUGCUGGUGGUCGUGGCCCGAGGACCUUCUUAAUGGAAGAGGCGGAAAAAAGACCCUCCCGGAAAGCCCCCUGUGACAGCCUCGGAGCCCAGCCAGACUCUAGCCCGACGGCUCUGCCCCCAACAGCCGCCUCCCCAACACUGGGAUUGCCCCCCAUGCCGGCUGUGGCCUCCAGGCGGGCGGCACCCACGCCUGACCUGUGGGCACCCGGCAAGGUGAGCAGGCCGAGCAGUGCAGACGGGUCCCAGGUCGGCAUGGCGGAUCCCAGCGAAGGCCCCCACGCAGGGCCUGGGGAGGUGGCCGAGAGCCCCGGGGAUGAGAGUGGCACCCCCGGCGGCGAGGCUUUCCCCCUCUCUUCACUGGCCAACCUGUUUGAGGGGGAGGAUGGCUCCCCCUCCCCCUCCCCGGCUGACCCCGGGCGCCCCGCCGGCCCGGGUGACGGGCGACCAAACCUGCGCAUGAAGUUCCAGGGCGCCUUCCGCAAGGGGGUGCCCAACCCCAUUGACCUCCUGGAGUCCACCCUGUAUGAGUCCUCGGUGGUGCCCGGACCCAAGAAGGCGCCCAUGGACUCGCUCUUUGACUAUGGCACCUAUCGUCACCACCCCAGUGACAAUAAGCGGUGGAGGAAGAAGGUCAUCGAGAAGCAGCCGCAGAGUCCCAAAGCUCCUGCACCCCAGCCACCCCCCAUCCUUAAAGUCUUCAACCGGCCUAUCCUCUUUGACAUCGUGUCCCGGGGCUCUACCACCGACCUGGAUGGGCUGCUUCCCUUCUUGCUGACCCACAAGAAGCGCCUGACGGACGAGGAGUUCCGGGAGCCGUCCACGGGGAAGACCUGUUUGCCCAAGGCCCUGCUCAAUCUGAGCAAUGGCCGCAACGACACCAUCCCCGCGCUCCUGGACAUCGCCGAGCGCACGGGCAACAUGCGGGAGUUCAUCAACUCGCCUUUCCGGGACAUCUACUACCGAGGCGAGCUGCCCCUGUCGCUGGCGGCCUGCACCAACCAGCCCCACAUCGUCAACUACCUGACGGAGAACCCACACAAGAAGGCCGACAUGCGGCGGCAGGACUCCCGCGGCAACACGGUGCUGCACGCGCUCGUGGCCAUCGCCGACAACACUCGCGAGAACACCAAGUUCGUCACCAAGAUGUACGACCUGCUGCUGCUCAAGUGCGCCCGCCUCUUCCCCGACAGCAACCUGGAGGCCGUGCUCAACAACGACGGGCUCUCGCCCCUCAUGAUGGCAGCCAAGACGGGCAAGAUUGGGGUUUUUCAGCAUAUCAUCCGCCGGGAGGUGACAGAUGAAGAUACGAGACACCUGUCCCGCAAGUUCAAGGACUGGGCCUAUGGGCCGGUGUAUUCCUCACUGUAUGACCUCUCCUCCCUGGACACGUGUGGGGAAGAGGCUUCUGUGCUGGAAAUCCUGGUGUAUAACAGCAAGAUCGAGAACCGCCACGAGAUGCUGGCCGUGGAGCCCAUCAAUGAGCUGCUGCGGGAUAAGUGGCGUAAGUUUGGCGCCGUGUCUUUCUACAUCAACGUGGUCUCCUAUCUGUGCGCCAUGGUCAUCUUUACCCUCACCGCCUACUACCAGCCGCUGGAGGGCACCCCCCCGUACCCUUACCGCACCACUGUGGACUACCUGAGGCUGGCCGGCGAGGUCAUCACGCUCUUCACUGGGGUCCUGUUCUUCUUCACCAAUAUCAAAGACUUGUUCAUGAAGAAAUGCCCAGGAGUGAAUUCUCUCUUCAUUGAUGGCUCCUUCCAGCUGCUCUACUUCAUCUACUCCGUGCUGGUGAUUGUCUCGGCGGCCCUCUACUUGGCGGGAAUUGAAGCCUACCUGGCUGUCAUGGUCUUUGCCUUGGUCCUGGGCUGGAUGAACGCCCUCUACUUUACCCGCGGGCUGAAGCUGACGGGAACCUAUAGCAUCAUGAUCCAGAAGAUCCUCUUCAAAGACCUUUUCCGCUUCCUGCUGGUCUACUUGCUCUUCAUGAUCGGCUAUGCUUCAGCCCUGGUGUCCCUUCUGAACCCGUGUGCCAACAUGAAGGUGUGCAGCGAGGACCACACCAACUGCACUGUGCCCACGUACCCCUCGUGCCGCGACAGCGAGACGUUCAGCACUUUCCUGCUGGACCUCUUCAAGCUGACCAUCGGCAUGGGCGACCUGGAGAUGCUCGGCAGCACCAAGUACCCCGUGGUCUUCAUCAUCCUGCUGGUCACCUACAUCAUCCUCACCUUCGUACUGCUGCUAAACAUGCUGAUCGCCCUCAUGGGCGAGACGGUGGGCCAGGUGUCCAAGGAGAGCAAGCACAUCUGGAAGCUGCAGUGGGCCACCACCAUCCUGGACAUCGAGCGCUCGUUCCCCGUGUUCCUGAGGAAGGCCUUCCGCUCUGGCGAGAUGGUGACCGUCGGCAAGAGCUCGGACGGCACCCCAGACCGCAGGUGGUGCUUCAGGGUGGACGAGGUGAACUGGUCUCACUGGAAUCAGAACUUGGGCAUCAUUAACGAGGACCCGGGCAAGAGUGAGAAUUACCAGUACUAUGGCUUCUCGCACACCGUGGGCCGCCUCCGGAGGGAUCGCUGGUCCUCGGUGGUGCCGCGCGUGGUGGAGCUGAACAAGAAUUCGAACCAAGACGAGGUGGUGGUGCCUCUGGACAACAUGGGGAACCCCAGCUGCGACGGCCACCAGCAGAGUUACCCCCCCAAGUGGAGGACUGACGAUGCUCCCCUCUAGGGGUUGUGGGUGGGGCAGGGUCUCUGGCCUGCAGCCCAAGCCCGUCCCUCCACCCGCCUGUUUCUACUCCACCUGCAUUUCAGCCGUGCCUCCCGGGGCGUCCUCCAUGUGCUCCUUUGACCUCCAGAGGCGAGGGCUGGUUGGAGAUGAAGGGGAGGCCCCAGGACCCUCUGGUCCCCAGGCUCCUGCCCCCAGCUCCGCCUCCCCACCCGGGGCAUGAGGCUCCUGACUGCCUGUCUCACUCCCAUGGAGUCACAUAAGCCAAUGCCAGGGCCUCUCUGCCCACGGGGGCUCAGUUCCUUGCCUCUCCAUUAUUUAUUUGCUCCACUCUCAGGAAAGUGGUGUGAUCCUCGUCCCCAAAGGGAACCUGGCAGAGGCCUCAGGACCCCAUUCCAGGUCGCUGCUUGCCAACCCCCAGCCCCAGCCUGGGCCCUGGGCUGCACACAGCACCCUGUGAGGCUGUGUGCUGGCUUUGCGUUGGGCCCGGGGCCCUUGGGGUGGGGCCAUGCCUUUGGUGUGUUCUGUAAAAGUUCUGGGGUUUGUCGGUGCCCAAUAAAUGUUCAUUCACUGAUGGUGAAGAUGGUAGGGAUGAUGAUGGGGAGAGUUGUAAUGGGCAUGGGGAUGACAGCAGGGGGAUGGGGGAGCUCAGAUAUGCUGGUGGGGGGCAGGGAUGAGAUUGAGAAGUGGUCGUGACCAAGGUGGUGUUUAGGGUGAUGGCUGGAGGCUGGACUCAGGGCCGUGGUGGUGGCGUGAGCUUAAGAAAUGAGGGUGAGAAUGGAGUGGAAGGAGAAGAUGGAGUCGAAGGGAAUGGGAGAAGAGUAAUGUUGGCUGGGUGGGGGAAGAAUGCUGGGGGGCAGAGUAACGUUAGUGGUGGGGAGAGAAUGUAGGUGUGGGGAGAGUCAUGUUGGCAGGAAAGAGUAACGUUGGUAGGAGAGAGUACUAUUUGUGGGAAAGAGUAAUAUUGGUGGGGGAGAGUAAUGUUGGGAGGAGAGUAAUGCUGGUGCAGAUUAAUGUUGAUAGGGGGAGAUGAAUGCUGGUGGGUGGAGUAAUGGUGG